AUGAGCAAAAUACGUGAAGGCUUCACCAAAGGACCCACGAGACGGAGCAUCGAGCCCCGCUCCCGAGAGUUUGGCGGAGGCACUGCGCUCCCCGGGGGCUUAGUGGCCACGCCCGCGAAGGACUCCGCGCAGCCCCGCGAGCCGGGCGCCCACCGCGCGCCACCACCGGGGCGACCCCCCCGGACCCCCGCACCGCCGCCGCACGGGGACAAGUUCCAUUUUGGAAAGGUCCCUCGAGGUGGACAAAUCGAAGUGCUGCGGGGCGGUGGGGGCGGGGAAGCCGGCCGCGGACACCGAGGGCGGGAACGGCGCGCAGCGGCCGCGAGGACACCCGGCACCGGGAACGGCGGAGCGCGGGCGGGAGGAAGGGGCUCCCACCUGGGGACACCCACCUUCCCGGUGGGGCCGCCGGGGAGGGGCACAGAGCGGGGCGUGGAGGGCCGGGUGUUUGGGACGGACGGUCAGGGACCCUCGGAGGACCGCCCCGGGCCGCAGCCGCCGCCGCUCUUCCCAGGCGGAAGCGCUCCUCCCGCCGCCGGAAGCGACGCUCCCGCCCCGAGGCGCAUCUCGGUGGUGCGCGCGGGCCGCCUGGAGGGUGGCUGGCUUCGCCGCAGCGACUGUCCCCUGGGGCCCUCGUUCCCCGGCUGUGCUCACCUCCCGCCCUCGCUCACCCGCCGCAGCCCUCCGCCGCGCCUCCAGAGUGCUGGCCGCUCCGCGGGCUCCAUCCCUUCACCAGGGCUGCGGGGCGCGGCGACUAAAGGGCCAUGGCGUCGCUUCUGGAAGCUUUCGGUUCAGGGGCCCCUCCCCCUGGGUAGUGCAGCGUCCCUCAAUCACCCACCGAAGCCCGGCCCCCGCCACCCCCGGCCCCUCGUGCUGCCGUCUCCCCGGAAGCCACCGGACGCCAGCUCCGCCGCCCACCGCCCGCUGCGGUGCGAGCUCGCAACCCGCCCGGCCGGUGGGGUCUUAUGUUUGAUUGUGAAAGACACGUAA